GCACUGUGCGGGCAGAGCCCCACGUGCUCCCUGCACCUCCAACUCGUCAUGGAGAAUCCCCUCCAGCUCCACCGCGUUGAGGUGGACGUCCUCGAUGUGAACGACAACGCGCCCCAGUUCCCCAAGCCGGAGGUGGUCUUGGAAAUCACUGAGGUAGCCAACCCUGGGACUCGGCUACCCUUGGAGGUAGCAGAAGACCCGGAUAUGGGCUCCAACUCCAUCUCCACCUACGAGCUCAGCCCCAGUGAGCAUUUCGCCCUGAGUAUCAACGUGAGAGGAGAUGGUGUUAAAAUGCCCGAGAUCGUGCUUGAAAAAGCACUGGAUAGAGAAAAAGUGGCUGGUUAUCACCUCACNGCCCUGGAUGGAGGGAAUCCAGUGAAAUCUGGCACUGCCAAGGUUACCAUCCAUGUGCUGGAUGCAAAUGACAACCCUCCUGUCUGUGACCCACCCAUAUCCAAGGUACACCUGGAGGAGAAUGUGCCAGUGGGCACUCUGGUCACCAAGUUGAAUGUCACCGACCUGGAUGAAGGUCCCAACGGGGACGUGGAAUAUUCUUUCAAAACUAGCAAUAACGCACCUGGUAAAUUCACCAAGCUGUUCUCCUUAGAUCCCCGGACAGGGGAGAUCAGAACCAAAGGCCCGCUGGAUUAUGAGGAAUCCAGUGCUUAUGAGAUUGCGGUUCGAGCCAGGGACAAGGGAUCCCCAGCCAUGGAAGGACACUGUCACCUGCGAGUGGAAUUAAUCGAUAUCAACGAUAACAGCCCAGAGAUUGUGCUGACCUCUCUCUCCAGCCCGGUGCAGGAGGACGCAACCCCGGGCACUGUGAUUGCCCUCAUUGGUGUCAAGGACAGCGAUUCUGGUGACAAUGGGCAGGUCCGUCUGCAGAUAGCGAAAGACCUCCCAUUUAAACUAGUGUCGUCUUUUAAAGAGCAUUUCUCGCUGGUCACAAAUGGUCCCCUUGAUCGGGAGAAGGCCAGUGGAUACAACAUCACGGUGAGGGCUGUGGAUUCAGGGUCCCCACAGAGGGCCACGCAAAAAACCUUUUACCUCCGAAUUGCUGAUGUGAAUGAUAAUGCGCCGAAUUUCUCCAGCCCUUUUGAUACAGCUCACGUUCAGGAAAACUCCCUUCCUGGGACUUCUGUUUUUUCAGUGGCAGCAUCUGAUCCCGAUGAGGGUAGCAACGCCAAGCUGUCUUACUCCAUCCUGCACAACGGGAUGCAGGAUGUACCCAUCUCAACCUACUUCCGAAUAGACCAGGACAACGGCACUGUCUACACCGUGAGAGCUCUGGACUACGAGCAGGAUAAGGUGUUCCAGGUGCCCGUGGAGGUGAAGGAUGCUGGGUCUCCUGCACUGAGUAGUACUGCUGUGGUCCAUGUGUUUGUCCUGGAUGAGAAUGACAAUGCCCCCACCAUUGUCUACCCAUCCGUCCCCAAGGGCUCUGCCUUCCACCAAACGAUCCCGGCCUUGGCAGAACCUGGCUAUCUGGUCACCAAAAUUGUAGCUGUUGAUGCUGAUAGUGGCCAUAAUGCCUGGCUGUCCUACCAGCUGCAGGAGACCGCUGAGGCUUUGCCUUUCCAAGUGGAACGCCGCUCUGGAGAGAUAAGGGUUGCACAGGCUCUCAGGGAGUCAGAAGAUUCCCACAGGCUGGUGGUUGAAGUGAGGGACAAUGGGACACCGUCCCUCUCGGCCUCUGUGGUAAUAGUCAUUUCUCCGGAGGAAAACAGUGUGCAGGACUUCGCCAAGUCCUUGGACCUCCCUAAAUCUUCUCCCAAGGAUACCAACCUAACGCUUUACCUCAUCAUCUCCUUGGUGUCCAUUUCCCUUGUGUCCUGCGUGAUGUUUGCUGUGGUGGCUGCCCGGUGUCUCAAAGCUGGCACUGCCAGCUGGACCUUCGUGGGUUGCUGCCGAGGGACUGGCCGCAAGCCUGCCUCCCAUUUCCGUGGGCAGAUGAAGCCAGAUGGCUUCAUCAAAUACCUGGACGUGGGAGGAGCGGGCUUGACCUCCCAGGCACAGAAUUACACCUCUUGUUUCUCACCCAUGUCUGACCAGAGCGAUUUCCUUUUUGUAAAACCUUUCAGCCAUUCUAGCACUGCGGAGACCGUGGCUGCCUAUGAGCAGGUGACCAGCACCUUAGCGAGUCCCUGCGAUGGG